AUGCAAGCGCAAAUUGCCAGCCUAACGCAACAAGUGCGUCAACUCGCGGAGAAACAGGUCCCACAGGACCAAGGUGAAGCACAGUCGAGUGACACCAUGGCGAGCAAUUUCCAAAAUGCGCUGAAGCAAGUGCGUUCCAAUGAAGUCCCGAAGAACCUUGAGCUGGCCGAUUUUGACCCAAUCGCUGCCGCACGAGAGAGAGCAGCUCGCGAGAGAGCCGCCAAGGCUGCCGGGAUCCCUCUACAACACGUUGAGGAGGAGUUGCCAAGGUACGGAACUCUGGAUUUGUAUCUUAACGUUCUUGUGCUCGCGGUGUCUGUUAUUUCUUAUGCUGCUGUGCUAUGCACGGUCCGAAAAAUUCAGCGUAAUUCACAGCAACUUGUGAGCAGCACUAUCGUCAAUGAGCAAACGAGCACAAUGGAGACGCGAUUGCUUGUUCAGUUUCUUGCCACAUCGUUGCUUUACGUGCUGACAUGGUUGAUUUGGCAGUUUCUACCCUAUAUGCCCUUAUCGAAAUGGUUGUUCUUCGCAAUGACUUCGUUAACGUUGGUCAAUAGCGCGGCCAAUCCAACUAUUUAUCUCGCGUUCAAUAAAAAUCUUCGCCGAAGAUUGCUUGUUUUACUACGUGGGAAAAAUCCACAAUCUUUUAUCGUGACCAGCACAGCGCGGCCUAUCCAGACUACGACGGUAAGUGAGAGACCGAUGAUCCAACAAAAGCCACUCCUGAGCGGAACCAAAGUUAGUCGGGAUUCCGCGGACCGACUCUUGACUGGAACUAAGGAAGAUGUCAAAUCAGGCGAAAAAACCGAUAAUCAAACCCAUGUAAAUCUUGAGCGAAAGGUAUAUAACUCAAAGGAAACAACAACGGUCACACUUUGCACAAGAUUGUAUCAUAUCGUCGAUGCUGGCGUGCUAUUUUACAAACUUGGAAGUUGCGCUGGAAAAUAUCCUCGAUUAUUCCUUUUGCUUUCGAUGCUAUUAUCACUGACUACGCUGGGUACGAUGAGGAUAUCUCUACGAGACAGCAUACGAGAAGGAUACACAGCCUUGAAUGCAAGAUCACGUCACGAAGCUGAAGUUAUGCGGCAGUUUUCUGGAGGCUCUACUGCUCCUAUGAUAAUAUAUGUUCUAUUGCUGGCAAAAGACGGAGGUUCGAUGCACAGAAAACAAUAUUUAGACGAAGCAGAGCAGAUUGUCAACAUCAUCUAUAACUUGACAGUAGAAAAGAACAAUAGAAAAAUCGUAUUUGGCAAGAUAUGCGAGCCUUAUUGUGAGAGUAACACACAAUUGUUUAAGACUUUCAAGCUCCUACAGAGGGUUCGAUCAAGUAUGAGCAAAUAUCCUGAAUUCGCUCCACAAAACAAGGAUCUUGAUAAGGCUGAAAAGGAAUUCCUUUUCCAUUUUGGGUUCGGAAGGAAGACUAUGGAUUUGCCGAAAUUUGUCUGCGCUGGUGGAUCUCAAAACAGAAUGAAGCUGUUUGCCGAAACCUUCGCCAAAGAGUGUAAAUUAGAAUGCAGCGAGAACCUCUCCAAGACUGAUCGAUUUGUACUUUAUAAAACUGGAAAAGUUCUAUGGGUGAACCAUGGUAUGGGAUGUCCAUCGUUGAGCAUUAUGCUCACUGAGAUGUUGAAACUCAUGUACUAUGCCAAAGCAAAGGACUUCAGAUUUAUUCGUCUUGGAACAUGUGGAGGAUUAGGACUAGAAGCGGGAGUAGUGGUCGUCUCUAAAAAUGCACUCAAUCACGAGUUAAACGAAAAGUAUACACAAUGGGUUGGAGAUAAAAAGUUUGAGCGUGACGCGUAUCUCGAUGAAGAGUUGCGGAACGAAAUCAUAGCCACAGCUAAAGAACAACAGAUUCCCGUUGAAACGGGACUGACUCUAUGUUGUGACGAAUUUUACGAAGGACAAAUGCGUCUUGACAGCUUUUUGCGUGAGUAUGCACCAGAAGAAAGGCAUAUUUACUUCAAAAAAGCGUACGAUAAAGGAGUCAAAGGUAAGUGUGGCACCGAAGGUAAAGUGCCGCAAGAACAGUGA